AUGGGGAAGACGCCCGCGCAGCAGAACCGCCUCAAGGCGAAGCAGCAGGGCAUGAGCCACGAUUCGAUCAAGGAGCAGCAGGCCAAGGAGAUCCGCGAGCAGAAGAAGCUCGCGAACAAGGACAUCAACUUCGGCCGCGAGAAGGGCCUCCUCAAGAAGCAGGAGGUGGCGAAGCAGAGGCUCAAGGACAUGAACGACCCGACCACCGAGCUUGGCAAGGCCACCGCGAGGGCCGCCAGGAAGGCGGCGAAGGAGGCCGAGGAGUUCCUCUUGCGCACCAAGGGGAUCAGCAUCAAGCAAAAGGAGGUCCCCGAGGGCGUCGACCCGAAGACGAUCCUCUGCGAAUACUUCCGCUACGGCUGCUGCGCCAAAACUGCCGAGAAGUGCAAGUUCUCCCACGACCUCGACAUCGGCCAGAAGAUCCGCGAGGGAAGCAAGGGCACCGCCAAGAGGAACAUCUACGACGACGAUGAGGCGGACGAGGCGGACACCAUGGAGCUUUGGGAUCAGGCCAAGCUCGAGUCCGUCAUCGCCAAGAAGCACAGCACGGAGAAGACCCAGUCCAACGCCACCUCCAUCAUCUGCAAGCACUUCCUCGAGGCGGUGGAGACCCGCAAAUACGGCUGGUUCUGGGCCUGCCCCGGCGGAUCCGACUGCAAGUACAAGCACAAGCUCCCCAAGGAUUAUGUCUUCAAGUCCGACCUCGUGGCGAUGAUGCGCGCCGCCGCGCUCAACAAGAAAUCAGACCAGGACGAGCUUCGUGAGGAGCUCGAGAAGCUCAAGGACGGUCCCAAGACCCCGGUGACCCUCGAGGUGUUCCUCCAGUGGAAGACCAAGAAGGUCGAGGACAAGAAGGCCAAGGCUGAGCAGGAGCGCUCGGACCGCCAGAAGAAGGGUCAGUUCACCGGGAGGGAGCUGUGCGAGAACAACGAGGCCAAGGGCGAUGAGGGCUCCGACGCUGACGACGCCGAGUUCAAGGAACUCCUCAGGCUCAAGAAGCUCGCCGAAGAAGAGGAGGAGAAACGCGUCGCCGCGGAGGCUGCCGCCGCGCUCGAGAAGGCCAAGUCGAGCGGCAUGGAGUACGGCUAUUCGGAGUUUGAUUACGAAGUGGGCAUCUCUACCGAGGAGCUCGAGAACAACAGGCCCAAGGAUGAGGACGAGUCGGACUACUCCGACGACGACGAGGGCGGCGAGCCGGAGAUGGACGAAGACGGCAAGCCCAAGGCUAUCAUCAAGCGCCCCAUCGGCAGGAAGAAGAAGGAGGCUGAGGCUGAGGAAGAGGAGGAGGAGGAGGAGGGCGACAAUGACAAGCCUGGCAAACCGAAGAGAGCCGGCAGCGGCUUCGUCCCCAAGAAGCUCGCCGGCACCGUGUUCGAGGAGAGGGAGAGGGUCGAUAAGAAGGACAUCGACCCCAACGCCCUCGAGAAUAUUCUCGGCGCCGAGAAGGCUGCGGAGAUUGACGAGUCCCAGCUUGACCCCAAGGAGCUCGGCAGGUUGCUCGCCGAGAAGAAGGCAAAGGAGGAGGCAGAGGCGGCUGCGCUCAUCGACAAGGUGGCUGCCGAGAAGGCCGAGAAGGAGGCCAGGAAGGCCGAGAAGAAGGCCCAGAAGGAGAAGGAGCGCGCCGCCAAGAAGGCCGAGAAGGACAAGAAGUCAGGCAAGAAGCAGAAGGGUGAGGAUGAGAUCACCACCCUCGAGGAGGCGAUGAAGGGCGUGUCCGUCGCCGCGCAGGAAGCCGCCAUCGCUGCUUCCGGCCACCUCACCAAGAGCGCCCUCAAGCGCACCGUCACCGGUAACCUCGCAUCCCGCCCAACCUCUCGCGACAUCAAGAUCAACAACUUCUCCAUGGGCAUGAACGGCCGCGAGCUCAUCAAGGAUUGCGACAUCGAGAUCACAAUCGGUCGCCGAUACGGCCUCCUCGGCCAGAACGGCUGUGGCAAGACCAACUUCCUCGAGUGCCUCGCCCAGCGCGAGGUGCCCAUCCCGGAUCACAUCGACCUCUACCACCUUCGCGAGGAGGCCGAGCCCACGGACAGAUCCGCGCUUCAGACCGUCGUCGAUGAGCUCAAGAACGAGAUGGUCCGCCUCCAGAAGCUCGAGGAGUACAUCAUGGAAAACUUUGGACCCGAGGACGAGCGACUGGAGUCCAUCUACGAUAGACUCGACGAGAUCGAUCCCAACACCUUCGAGGUCAGGGCCGCCGAGCUCCUCCAUGCCCUCGGUUUCACCGAAGUCAUGAUCCACAGGGCCACCAAGGACAUGUCCGGAGGCUGGCGCAUGCGCGUCGCGCUCGCCAAGGCGCUCUUUGCCGAGCCCACUCUGCUGCUGCUGGACGAGCCCACCAACCACCUCGAUUUGGAGGCGUGCGUGUGGCUCGAGGGGUACCUGGCCAAGUACAAGAAGUGCCUCAUCCUCGUGAGCCACUCUCAGGACUUCCUCAACGGCGUAUGCACCCACAUCAUCUGGCUCACGCAGGGCAGGCUCACCUACUACACCGGCAACUACGACACCUUCCAGAAGACUGUCCGCGACGACGAGAUUGUGCAGCAGAAGAAGUACGAGAAGGAGCAGGCCGACAUCAAGCACCUGAAGGAGUUCAUCGCAUCGUGCGGUACCUACGCCAACGCGCGCAAGCAGGCGGAGUCCAAGCAGAAGAUCAUCGACAAGAUGGUUGCCGCGGGACUCACGCCGCCAGUCGUCAAGGAGAGAACGUUCACCUUCAACUUCCCGGACUGCGCCAAGGUUCCCCCGCCCGUCCUUCCCUUCGACAACGUGUCAUUCGCCUACAACGGGAAGAAGGAGAACUACCUGUACGAAGAUCUGGAUUUUGGCGUCGACUGCGACUCCCGCAUCGCGCUCGUCGGUCCCAACGGCGCGGGCAAGUCCACGCUGCUCAAGCUCAUGACCGGCGAGCUCACCCCGACGAGGGGCAGCGUGGUCCGCCACCCCUCGCUCGUCAUCGGCAAGUACCACCAGCACUCCGUCGACGUGCUCGACAAGGAGAAGACGGUGCUGCAGUUCUUCAUGGACGAGUACCCAAACAGCAUGACCUUCAAGAGGGACCUCGACGAGUGGCGCGGGUACCUCGGGCGGUACGGCGUCUCCGGCAAGAUGCAGACCACGCUCAUCGGCGAGCUGUCCGAGGGUCAGCAGUCCCGCCUGGUGUUCGCCAUGAUCUGCAUGGGUAAGCCCAACCUGCUACUGUUGGACGAGCCCACGAACCACCUCGAUUUGGAGUGCAUCGACACCCUGGCGCAGGCCAUCAAGCAGUACAACGGCGGUGUCGUGCUGGUGUCGCACGAUUUCAGGCUCAUCGACCAGGUGGCGGAGCAGAUCUGGGUGUGCGAGGACAAGACCGUGCGGCUGUGGAACAAGGACAUCCGCGCGUACAAGAAGCACCUCACGCAGAAGGCGGAACGCGAGGCGGCGGCGAAGAAGAUCUGAUCGAUCCACGCGGCAUACACUAUUAUUUGAAGGGGUUCCUCCUUGCCUGGGCGAACCCCUGCCAACUUGGCAAAGCGCGAUAGAAACCGUGGGGGCAGCGUGUGAUGAACCUCCCCCUCAUCGGUGGUGAAUACAAAGACUAACGUGUUAC